GGCAUCAUGAAGUCUCUGAGGUUUGCGAGUGCAGAAGCCCUGGUGUCUAAUGCCCAAGUGACCAGGGAGAGUCUGCAAAAUGUGGCAUAUAACCUCUACCCCCUCCUAUUUAAAGCCAGCUAUUUGCUGGAACAAGGAGAAGUGAUUCACGACCUGUUGGAAAACUGGCCGCUAGAAGAAUUCAACCUCGGGAACCUGUUGGGGCCAACAGCUGACUACCCAGAAGACCUCAGCACUCGGGCCUGCAAGAUCUGUCUGGAAGCCUGUCUGAUGGGGCUCAAAGACUAUGUACUGAACGACUCCCCGACUUACACCAAAAGGCUGAGAACGGCCAAUCUCACGGGCAUCCAAGAUGUGGAAGUUCAGCUGUGCAAAUGCCAGACGUCUCUGGGGAGGUGGGGCCGGACGAGCCUCCUGGCCAGACUCUGCUUUGAUGUACUGGUGGAGCUGCAGAGGCGACCGUUCAACCCAAGCAUCUUGGACAUUGGCAUCGAUGUCUUCAUCAACUUCUUUGUCACGGAGGGCAAUUAUGAGUGUGCGCUGCAGGCCCUGAUGGUGAGAUGCCACUCCCCGCUCAAGGUGCGCUGUGUGGCCUUCCGGGCAGACAGCCUAGGCCUGAAGAAGCUCUUCUACAUGCUGCGCCUGGUGGAGCCCGACUCUCUGGAGAAACUGGAGAUUGUGCAUAACGUGCACAUAGAGAUGGAGCAUCUACAGGUGUUACUCAACCACCUGGACUUUCCCCAGCUGGUCUCGCUCACCUUGCCCGCAAGAGCUUUCAAUGUGCGCCGGCUCCAGGGAGAAGAUGAGUCCAUCCUCACCAGCAUUGGGGAGAAGCUGAGCCGGAUGUCCCAGCUCAGGGAGCUGAGCCUGGCUUUUUCCAUACUGACAGGGAGAACUCGGAAGCUGCUCAGCCCCUUAAAAACUCCCCUGAGAACUCUGGACCUGUCUAACUGCUCCCUGAACUAUGCAGAUAUGGCCUACUUAGCAAAUUGUCUCCAUGCUCCCCAUCUGGAGGUGCUUGACCUCAGUGGACACAAUGUGGUUAACCUCUACCCAUCCACCUUCUUCAAACUGCUCAGCCAAGCCUCCUGUACCCUGAAGGUCUUGAUCUUGGAAGAAUGCAACAUUGAGGACAGAAACCUUAACAUGAUGAUUGUGGGCUUGACCCCCUGCCAGAAACUACAAGUCUUCAAAUUUCUUGGGAACCCACUUUCCUCACAAGCAUUGAAAUGCCUGUUCAAUGUCUUUUGUCAACUCCCCAAGAUGAAAUCCAUUGAGUUCCCAGUGCCAAGAGAUUGCUAUCCAGAUGGUGUCAACUACCCAUUGGAUGAUGCCACCCUCCCCAAAUUUGAUCACCAGAAAUAUGAGAAGAUUACAGAAGAACUUCAUACGAUCCUACUUCAGGCAAAUCGGGAAGACAUCAAGGCUUCUACACCCCUCUUUGGAAGCUAUGACCCCGACAUUCAAGAAACAAGCAAUGAGCUUGGAGCCUUCUUGCUUCAGUCUUUCAGAGAUGCCCUAGAAAACUUUACCACAGCACUAAAAAAAAUGAAUUAAGGGCCUUAAGAAAAGUCCAUGGAACUACGUCACACCGAGAUGCUCUUGUAUCAACUUUCCUUGUCCUUCCAGAGAUCAGUCCUGGGUUGCAGAUGGAGCCAAGAUGAAGCAUCAUUAUCAUUUUCAUGAACACCAGCAUCACCAUCACCACCACCACCAUCAUCAAGCAUUCAUUAAAUGCCUGCUUAUGCAUGGCACUGGGCUAGGCACUGUAGAGAGCAGAAUACCUAAUACUGUUCCUACUCCCUGGGAGUUUAUACUCAAAAUACACCUGAAUGCUAUUGUUUUACUCUUCACAGUCAGUUCUGAGAGUCUGGGUUGAAGGUAACAGGAAGAAGGGAAAAUAUCCCUGAGGUCUUCGAGAAGUUGCAUUGCAGUCCAGCACAUUUGGAAGAAAAGAUGUUAUAGUCGGGCGACCUGCUCUGGAGGACUGCUACAGACAAAGCAAACUUCCUUGGUGUUGGAUGUGGAAAAAGACCACACCAUAGCAAUGGGAAAAGGCAGUAGGUGAUUGGAGGAGGGUGGCAAUCGUAGCAGAUACCAAGCCAACAGGGGUGUAAUGAGAUAGGGUGAAAAGGAAAUCAGUGAUGAAAAAUUAGAGAGGCAGAGAUACAAGAAAAUACAAGGAGUAAGUGAGUUGGUCACUAAGCUAAUGAUCUGAACUAAGGAAUAGAAAGAAGGAAGAUGAGAAAAGCAAACCAGGCUUUCAUUCUAAUGAACAAAUUCUCUAUAGAACUGGGUUUCAAGAUACGAUCUGUAAAUGGUUUGCAAUUCCUCCAAAUGGUCCACAAGUAUGUUUUUUGCAGUACUUGUGCAGUACAAUAUGACAGUGUUUAUACUUUUAUUUCUGACCUGAAUUAAUAAUCUACUAAUGCUGUCCCUCAUUGUUCUCUUAAGAUACAGUGAUGAUUUGUUUGUUUGUUUGUUUUGGUUUUGCAGUGAUUAGAAGCAGGAAUGGAGUCAAUAACUAUAACAAAUAAUAACAAAGAGAAGCCAUGAUAAAGUAGAAUUCAACUCAGUUUAAGGAAAAACUGCUCUACAAUUAGAAUCAUCUAAUACUGGAAUACGCUGCCUUGUUUG